UAAACUCAAACCCCUCUUGUGAGUGCUAUAGGUAGGAACAGGGGCGGACUGACCAUUUGGAAACUCGGGCACUGCCCGAGGGCCCAGGGUCAGUAGGGGGCCCCAUGAGAUUCCCCUGGUACCUUUUUCAUAGGCUUUUUUGAGUUUGGGCAAGGACACAGAGGCCCCAUGAACCCCUAUUGCCCGGGGGGGCCCAUGAGUUGUCAGUCCGCCCCUGGGUGGGUCCAUGCAGUUCUGCCUCCUCAUCCUGGAUGCUGGAUAAACUCAAACCCCUCUUGGUCAGUAGGGGGCCCCAUGAGAUUUCCCUGGUACCUUUUUCAUAGGCUUUUUUGAGUUUGGGCAAGGACACAGGGGCCCCAUGAUCCCCUAUUGUCCGGGGGCCCCAU